UUACACAAAUUUUGAAAAACAAACAAAUGGAGAUUUCAAAGUCUUAUGCUAAUGAAUUCGCGAAAAUGUUACAGGCAUGUGAUAAACAAAAGAAAUAUAUUUUCUACGAGAUAAUGGAGAGCUUAAACACUUUUAUUGAAGAAGUACUUCUUUCAAGGCACAUCAUACUUGGAGCCAAUGAUACAAUUAACGUUGAAGAACUUCUCUACAAAGAUUUUCAUCAAUUAUUUCAUUUCCUAAAGAUCGGCACUGAAGCACACGCAAUGGAAUAUCUGGAUAAUUUGAAGACGAUGAAGGAAAAUCGCCUCAAAGAUGUUCUAAAACGAUGGGCAAUGUUUCGCUCCAACACUCAGGUUACUGUAGAGCAAAUUAUAGAUGUUGAAAUGACAGAUCAAGAAAGAGAAGAUACGAACGAGUCUCUCGCCUUGGCUACCAAUAUACUCAGAGGUGUCAUGUCUGCAACAGUUGAAGAAAAAAGAUUGAUGGACAUCCUGAAAAAUCUCGGAACUCAUCGGAUGACGUAUAAUUAUGUCGACGAAGUGUUUGAAGUUGAUGAAAUCAAUAAAAGAAAUCUGGGAAAGAUGAUUAUACGAUAUGUUGGCCAUGAAGGAACUGAAGCAAAACCAGGACUUCGAAAAAUACUCCAAGCCUGUAUCGAUUUUUUACAAAAAGAGGCAGCUGGUGUGUGGAAAAAUGCCUCUUUCACUAUCUAUGACGAGGACGACAACAUGUACAGCAUAGCUAGUGGGAAUAAAAAAUACCGGUUCAUAUGUGGAAUUGAAGACGGGAAACCUUUUAUAAAGGAAGAAAUGGGAGGACCUUCGCGCAAAAAACCAAAGAUACUACCAAUUCAGCAUACUGCUGGAACAGGUACCGAGGAAAACAGGUGUCAUAUCAUGUGAAGAACUACUCUUUAUCAAGUUGAUUCUGAAAAUAAUUUUAACUGUUUGAUUUAUCUUGCAGUGU